AACUGCAAUCGCUCACGCUGCUUCACAGUUUUGUGUUUUAUUAUUGGAAUUUAGUACGCUGGAAGAGUGGCUAGUGAGCAGCUGGCAAGAAACGGUCAACAGAUGCGCGGAUUUCUUUACAUACAUAAUACAUAUAUAUCAGAAAUAUAUUUACAAAGCAAUUGUGUGGCCGCGAUGAAUAAUGCGUGAAUAAAAGAAUUUCAAUUGUAUUCGAAAUAAGAAAUGAAGCAAUUUGUGUUAGAAGACACAUGUUCCUGAGAUUUAUGGCAACCAAGCGAUAAUAAUAGCGCAUAAUAAUAUAGUAUGUAAGCAAGUUGUGCGCGAUAAGCUACGCGAAGAUAUCUUGCUGAAAACGCAUCAAGCUAUAAACAUUUGUGGAUAGUUAAAAGUUAUUUUACUGUGAUAAAGACGUAAAAACUUGACGCUCAUGUCGGCACAAAAUCGCUUCGUUAUUUUGGAUUGCGAUGGCGGCGGCGACGAUGCCUGGGCCUUGAUGCUGCUGCUUAAGGCGGCCGCCGUGCAACACGUCACGCUAUUGGCGGUAACUGUAUGUGGCUGUGGCAACACCGAUCUGCGGAAUGCGGCGCGCAACAUGUACCGCAUAUUGAAGGCCUACAAUAGGACUGAGAUACCCAUUUAUUAUGGCGCUUCCGAGUCGCUUAUACCACCCAUCGCACCGCUCGAUGAUAGCAAGUAUUUUCAUGGCCGCGACGGUUUUGGCGACAUAUUGCCCCUGGAGAUAGACUACAAAUUGGACGAGGUGGUGCAGAAAGAACACGCUGUGGUGGCUAUAAAUAGAAUUUGUACUGAGCAUCCGAAAAAAGUAACCAUAAUUGGCGUGGGGCCAUUAACUAAUAUUGCGCUUUGCUACUCUAUGUUCGGUGAUGGGUUCGCGAACGCAGUUAAGGGCUUUCAUCUAAUGGGCGGCAAUCAUCAAGGUGUUGGCAACUGCACUCGUUGCGCCGAAUUCAAUUUCUAUGCAGAUCCCGAAGCAGCGCAUGCCGUACUCGGUAGAACCAAGUGUCCCAUCACCAUACUGCCCUGGGAACCCUGUAUGGAAGAUCGAUUUUUUAUAAGCAUUAAUUGGCGCUUGGACGAGCUCGGCGCACUGGCCGCCAACACUUGCUCUGCCAUCGACAUUAUGAACAAAGUAGAACGCGCUCAAUGGCUGCCGUCGAAUUUCAAAAGCUGGAUACCGUGUGAUGCGCUGAUUGUGGCUGCUUUUCUCUUUGAAAGCGUUCUCGUGCGGAAGAAAAGCAGUUGGCAUGCGACUGUGGAUUUAACGGGACACACACGCGGUCAAAUGAUUUUGGAUCACUUGCAAGAGGUGGACAAGUUUCCCAAAAAUGUAGACGUUAUUGAAUUGUUGGAUGCAGACGCGUUCAAAAAAAUUGUCCGAUGGGCAGUGGGUUUGUACGAUGAGUUCGUAGUCGAGCAUAGCAAUGGGAAUGUCGUAUAGAGAUUUCUUAAUCUUAGACCUGAAAAACACAUUAUAUUUCUAAGCGUAUAAGCAAUCAGAGGCGUCUCUGUAAUAAAUAAAUAAAUUUAUUAUUCUCUAAA